CACACUUGGUUUGCUGGGUUUUGCUUGACGCGGCGCAGUUGUUUCUUUUGGCCAAAAAACGUUCCUGCACCUGUUGCGCCUCUUGCGAAUUGCUCCCCAGUGCAAACCUGCGCGUUUUGUCGUUUUUAUGCCCUUUAGUUGUACGUUUCCACUGCCCAAGAAUUAAUUGCGUCGAAGUGAGACCUGCGAGUCACCAUCAAAAUGGGCAACACGAGUUCCAAAGGAGAGUCAGACGCCAGUGAGCCACCCCUGGAGCCGGGGAAACACCACAAACAGGCGCACAAAUUAAGCGAUGGAUCCCACAAUGGAAUCUCUGACGUGGGCGGCAGCCACAACAGCUUGAAGGUGCAACAGGCACAGGGCUCGAUGACCAGGUCCGCCUCUGGUGCGGAUGUCACCGAGAAGUACCUCACCCAACUGGUUCCGGUGGAGAAGCUAGCCGAGAUCCUAAGGGAGCAGACGUCGGCGAAACUGGGCAUCAAUGGCAUAGUGUCUGAGGUCUUUGUGUCACAAGUCUUUCCGCAGUACGCCGACUUGGGUCAGCGGCUCUUCAACCUGAUGCACACCAACUCCAAGGCCACAACAAAGCAUCUGGGAGCUGUCGCCUUUCGGCAGCAGUGCGAACGCUUUUUGGGCAUCAUGGACGACGCCAAGACGCUGGAGUGCUACAUCAAGAUGUACGCCCAGGAGGAUAAUCCGGACUUUAUCGACAAGACAGGCGUGACGCGGCUGCUUCACAUCUGCUACACCAUUGCCAUGCAGCACUCGGGCAACGCUGUCCUUUGCUCGGCCAUUAACAGGACCUUUGGAUCGGUGACCAAGUCCAUUUUCUUGUGCCACGACAGCUUGAGCCUCGGCUAUGUGUGUCGCUGGUUCGAGCAGAACCUAAUUCGACUGGUGCUACUAGUGCACAAGUAUUGUGUGCACACACUAUCCACCGCCUAUCGCGGUUUGGAGCUGCAGAAUCAGUCCUGCGGCAUUGAGUUGCAAACGCCGGUUCUGGAGCAGCGUAAUCCCUUUACCGACACCACGGAUCAUAGUGGAGGAGGCGGACGUGACAUGGAUUCGCUGAUGCCGCUUUCACAGGCGUGGCUUCUGGCUGGAGCUCUGCCGCCGCUGUAUUCCAAGCCGCAAACCGUGGCUCCUCCUGCCAGCAAGGGAAACAACAAUGUCAGCGCCUCUACAGCCGUGCAGAUUUUCAAGGAGAAGCUCUCGAUGAUUCCCUCGCACUGGACGCUACUGUACGACUCAAACGAACAUGGCGUGGGAGCCAAUCGGUUUCUGCACCACGUCCUCGGCUAUCGGGGACCCACCCUCGUCCUGCUGCACACCAAGGACGAGCAAACGUAUUGCGUGGCGUCGCCCAGUGAAUGGAAGGAAACUCACCUUUUUGUUGGCGGCGAGGGCAGCUGUGUCAUCCAGCUGCUGCCCAAGUUUGUGAUACUGGAGAAGAAGCCGAACAUUCUGUACCUUAACACCAGCAUACGCGGCUAUCCAAAGGGAUUACGUGCCGGCGCCGAUCCGCGGAAGCCCAUUAUAUCAGUCGAUGAGCAUUUCGAGAAUGUGGACUGCAAAGGACUGGCGGCAGGACUCAUGUCCAUUGAGGUUUGGGGCUGCGGCGACAAAACAUCACGCGAAGUGCAAUUGGACAUCAAGAAGUGGCAGAUCAAGGAGGCCGAGCGACAGCGGACCGUAAAGCUCACGGCCGCCGACUGGAUGGACCAUCCGGAUCGGUAUCUUCUCGAGCUGGGCGGCAGGCAGAACUACAACAACUGAUCGGAGCGGCUGCGUGUAUAUGUAUGCUGAAAGCAAUCGGGAUGCCUCUCGUUUUUGGGGGCAUGCCACGUCGAAAUGUACUGGGAUUCGUUACAAUUAUGCGCACGCAGCACGAGAAGUAAUCACUGGACUGAAUUUGUUUUUAAUUGAUGUUGAUUGAUAUUCGGUUUUCUUGUUUUCUUUCUACUAUCAGCGUUUAGUAUUCGAUUUGAUUUAUGUUCGUAACGUGAAUUCCGUGAAUGCCUUUAUAUGUAUGUAUGUACUUCGGUCUACUUUGUAUCUAUGUCAAACAUUGUCUCCGUUUUUCGUCAUUUUUAAUUUGAAGUUUUAUGUUUCGUUUUGUAUCUUCGUUCUAAUGUAAAAAACAAGUAUUAUGAAAAGACAUAGAAGUCGAAGUGCUUAAACAAAUAUUUCAAUAAAUGUUACAAAUAAUA